AACUUAUGAAAAAGAUUUCAAUGUAAACGAUCCACAAUUGAUCGUACUAGUUAUAAGAAAAAUUGCAUUUUUUUGACAUGAAACCUAGCUACAAUGCUAACCUAUAAAUAUCCUUCUGAAUGUCCAAAAUCCUUCGUGAAUCUCAUUUAUUUUCAUAAACAUGUCGACUUUUAAAAGAAACCAUGUUGUGCCCCGGAUCGUAAUGAUAACAAGCAAAGUUCUGGUUUGUUUGUUGGUGUACGCCGCUGCGGACGAAGUUGUGCCUCAGCACACCGAAAACGACAUCCAUUUAGUAGAAACUCAAACCCCCAACUCAAUUUCAAAUAAUAUAGCUCUUCAAGAUGCCACCACCAUACAACCAAACAUCAAAAACAAUUCAACCGAUUCAAAAACAGAAGUUGAAGAAAUUGAGCCAAACUUUUUCAUAAGGCUUUACAAUAAUGUAAUUAAAGCUAUUCAAGAUUUCUUCAAUAGUCCAAGAGUAACAGCCGUCUUGAAAAAUGUUGGGACUUGUAUGGUAAACGGAGCCAUGGAGAUUUUGACCUAUUAUGUACCAGCGCCUAUGAUACCUCUCAUAGCGUCUGCAGCAGGUAUGAUCAUACCUUUUGAACCAGUGGUCACUUUAAGAGAGAAAAUGCCUGUUACCAGUUAUAGAAGAGCAUUUAAUAAAGCUGUUAAUAGUUUUAUGGGUACGUUUGAUAAAUAUAAAACCAUGGGAGUCGAGGAUCCUUAUAUGACGAAUAGGUUUAAUCGGAGAUUUUUGAACGAGAGUCCGGAGAAGAAAAAUAAGCGUUUCAAGGAGAAUCAAAGCGAAGAAGAGAAGCGGUAUAUAUGAAGAAUAAAAAUUUAUUAAUAAAACCUUUUUAUUUUCAAUGCACAUAUUAAAAAGUUUGGGCUGAAUAUUGUCCUGACCAUGACACUCAG